GCGGCCCACAGGGCGCGCGUGACCCUCGCCGCCACAAGGCGUCGGCCGCGGCGCGACUCGGCACGGCACACCGAGACCACCGCGGAUAAGAUCGGCGCCCGCUUUGCUCGCCUGGUUCCGAGGACGCGGACUUUGCGGGGCCAAGCCUCUGAGGGACUCCCGCGAAGUUCGCUUCGUUCGUGGAGUGCACGCCGGGUACGCGCUAUCCAGACGGAGGCGACGGAGUACUACUCGGCACGUAACGUAAACCACGCUGCGGGAGGACGACGUCUGGGCUUCGGACUUGCGUUUUGUGACGUAGUUGUUGCCGAGGGCCGCGGUACUUGUGUGCAAUCAACUUUGUCUCAAAAGCGCUCGCGUGGUUUUGACGGCACGCACACGGUCUCCUUGGCAGGAUCUUCGGGCGCGAAGGCACCGGACAAAGCGUGACGACCUGCGCCCUUGGAAGCAGAGCGUCCGCCGUCGCUUCCGGCAACCUCUACCGGACAAUUAGCGCGCUGUGGCUGGGGUCCAUUGUACUUCGCAUCCGUGGCGACGUGACACGGCCUACUUGAACGCCUCGCAACUCGCUUGCGUUGCCUCUCGCCUUUGUAGUGCUCAAGGGGACCGAAGAGCUGUAGCGUGUCGCGGAUAUUUAUUUGUGCGGUGCGCUGGAAUCGGGCUCGAGUGGACGGUUUUUUGUGCGUGACCUCGGUGUGGUGACGCGACCUGCUUGCCCUACUUGUCAACACAGAUUCUGCGAUACGUCGCCGAUGCUCCAGCAACUGUGCGCCUGUCCCGAGCUGAGUCGGCAGAACCGGUGAGAUGGCCGACGAGGCCUCCGCGACGGCUUCGCCGCCGGGGCCGCCGAGGACGACAGUCGACGUGGUGGGUCCCGCCCUGGGCUGCGCCUGGCGCGCCUGGCUGGGCGGGCUGAUGCGGCGCCUGGUGGACGCGGUGGUGGACGCGACGUGCGGCGCCGUGCACGCCUGCCGCCGAGAGCCGGGCCGCGGGGCGCUGCCUCCCGUCACCGAGCCGCUCCUCCUGAAGCCCGCCUCGGAACUGGCGCACCUCAUCGGCACCGGGAAGGUGAGCAGCGAGGCAGUCGUCGGCGCCUUCUGCGCGCGCAUCGGUGCCAUCGAGCCGCAGUUGGGUGCCGUGGUAGACGAGCGCAUGAGCGAGGCCCUGGACGAGGCACGCCGUGUGGACAAGUUGGUGCGCGACACCAUCGCCCAGCGCGGCAGCAACGGAUCCGAGGUCCUGCUGGCAAGCAAGCCACUUCUGGGCAUCCCUUUCACCGCCAAGGACCUGCUGGGCGUCAAAGGGCUUGCGUUGGACGCAGGAUUGUGCAGCCGCCGAGGGGCGCUGGCCGAGUGUGACGCGGACGCCGUGGCGGCGCUGCGCUCGGCGGGCGCCAUCCCGCUGGCGGUGACGAACGUCUCCGAGUUGGCCAUGUGGUGGGAGUCCAACAACAGGCUGUAUGGCAGGACGCGCAACCCCUACGACCUGCGAAGGACACCGGGAGGAUCCAGCGGGGGCGAAGGCAGCCUGGUGUCUGCUGCAGGCUCGGCCCUUGGUCUGGGCACCGACAUCGGCGGCUCCAUCCGCAUGCCGGCCUUCUUCAAUGGCCUGUUCGGCCACAAGGCGUCUCCGGGCCUGAUGGGGCUUGGGGGCCAGUUCCCUCAGGUUCGUGGCCACCAUCUGGCCUUCCUGUCCGCUGGGCCGCUCUGCCGCUACGCCCAGGACUUGGCGCCCACGCUGACUGCGCUCAUUGGAUCACAGCAGGCGCGUCACAGGCUAAGGCUACAUGAACCGGUCAACAUUCGCGCUAUUCGCGUGCACUACCUGACAGAAAUCGAUAGGUGCUUCACGUUGUCUGCUGUCCACCCAGACGUAAAGGCAGCAGUGACAGACGUGGCGUCUCACCUGCGGGACAACGCGGGCCUCCGGGUGUCUCCCGUGCGGCUUCCCUCUCUGCGGCUCGCCUUCGAGAUGUGGGCCGCCAUGAUGGCUUCGGGCGACGGGCCCGCCUUUCGGCAGGUGCUGCGCGAGAGCGGCAGCCCCAUGUCUCCGGGCCUGGAGUUACUGCGCUGGAUGGUCGGCCAGUCGGAGCACACCAUCAACGCCAUCACGCUCGCGCUCGCCGAAGGCAUCGGUCCGGGCUCCAAGAAAGAAUCGGCCACGUCGCGCUCACUCUGCGCUCGGGUUCAGCAACUGCGACUCGACCUGGAGUCUCUGCUGGGCAGCGACGGCGUCCUGCUGCUUCCGACGCACCCGGAACCCGCGCCGUAUCACGGCGUGCCCACCCUGAGGCCUUUCAACUUCGCGUACGCGGGUGUGUUUAACGUCUUGGGUCUUCCAGCCACGGCGUGUCCCGUGGGCCUGGGCGCCCGAUCCCGUCUGCCCGUCGGCGUGCAGCUGGUGGCGGCCAGUGACAACGACCGGCUGACACUCGAGCUGGCGCUCGAGAUCGAGAAGGCGUUCGGAGGUUGGAGGGACCCUGCAGCCGCCGCGACCGGAGCCCGAUCGAACGGUCACGUUCGUCACGUGUGAAUAAAAGAAUAAGAGCUGACA